GAAGAUUGGCCGGCGCGCGCCAGCAGCGAUGACACGCCCGCGCCGUCACGCAAGUGCACGCAGCGAGCGCGCGCGGCGAUAGCGCGCGCAGUGACCGUGUAGUAGACGUGCAGCGUGCAGUGCAGCUGCACGCAUCGCGCAUAUACACUGCGUCUCGUCCCGUCCCGUCCCAUCCCGUCCCGUCGCGUGCGAGCGCACGCGAGGAGAACACGACACUGCGACUUUACCCAACACAACUCGACGUACGGAGAGAAGGAACGGACGGAGGGACGGACGUACAGACCAAGAUCGUAGUAGUGAACCGAGAUGCGCUGCGCGCACUCGUGCGUCGCGUAGGUUACCGUGCGGACGAGAGUCGAGAGAGAGCGACGACGUCGUGAGUCGGUGAGUGUCGUGACAACGAUUUCGCGAGUGCGCGAGCGUUUCAUUCCACACCCUCGACGAGGACGCGGCUUCUAUCGCUCUACCGCGAACGAGAACAAAGGUGCGUCCCGCGUUCUUUCACGCGCGAUGCAUCAUCAUCCGUCCUCGUUUGUCAUGCGUGAUUUAACGUGAAGCGGAAUGCAGAUUGCAGAUAGUCGUGGUCGAUGACGAAGACGACGAGAACUUUUUUUUUCCCACGCGUAUGCGGCGCACUUCAUGUCGCUCCGACCCUCUCUACUUUAUGUACUUUCGCGUUCCGCUCCGACGAAGAUUCGGGAGAUUCGACGGCUGAGGAACUUCGCGCGUGUUUCAUUCCCUUCACCCCCUACCCCCCCCCCCCUUUUCCGCGAUAAUCAUCCGUGCUUCGCAACGAGGUUGGACGUGGCCGAUCACACAGCCCGUAUUUUCGAGCCGGUUGCGGCAAAAUGUUUCGCGCCGCCGCGCCGUCGUGUAUCAACGCGCGCCUUGCCAAGAUUUAAUUCCGCUGGCACCGCGGCCAGAGUUAUGACACGAAUAUAGCAUAAUCGGGACUAAUUAGCGCGUGCCACUAUCGACGCGAGCCCGCAUCCGCUUUUCUCUCUCUCUCUCUCUCUCACUCUGAUUCGCAGUCUUCGCCAGUUUUCACUUUACCUUCCGCGUCGUCAACGACGACGGGCUGCUGCGUUUUCCGCAAAGCAAAAAAAAAAAAAAAAAAAACACGUUUCCAUAAUUACAUUAGCGCCCGCCCCAGCGAGGAACGACUCGCGAACGUCCAUAGGGGAGGAACCUAGCGGGAUCGACUCCGCCGCCGCGCCUGCGAGCGCGCGCUAUUAAUACGGUCCUGUGUGUUUUUCAUCGAUACCGCCCGUCGCACGCUACUCCGUCGCUCCUCGCAUAACAGGUCGAUCGCGCGCGCACGAGCGAGAAGUCGCCACGCUCUCCUCUGUCCCUGAACGACGGCGAAGACGAGGAGCGAGGUAAAGCGAAGUCCAGACUGCUUUACCACUGGACCUACGUUUCUUCUAGACGCGACGGUGUUUGGCUCCCCUCGUCGUGUCUCUGGACGAAGACUGCGCACCUUCAUCCGCUCUGCGUCCCACCGACAGCGGUAGCACGUCGACGUGCUUGCGUGCGUGCGUGCGUGCGUGUAUAUGUGUGGCGUUUUGUGAAAUUGUACCCAGCCACCCAGAUGCCGUCUAAAGAUCACCGCCGAGAUUUUCGUCAGCCACGUGAUCGGUCCAACGUGAAUUUGCUAAAACAAAGUAGAUAGAUGACAACAUUCUUAAAACAAAGGUAUGGCAAGCUUGAUGGUCAACACCUCUAGUAAAAACAGUUCGCGCAGUGGAUCUCCUAGUAGAACAUCUUCGACGUCUCAACUGCAACAAUCGACAGCAAACUUGGAUCAUACUCCAAGAUUGCGUAAUGCCCCAAUUUCUCAAGGAGAGGGUAGUACAGGCAGUGGAAGUAGUGGUGGUGGCGGUACCGGAAGUAGCUUCAACAUGAAAGGCAGCAGUAGACAAAGAUCACCAGGAAAUUUAAUUCGUACAGGAGAUGCCAUGGAUGAACCAAGUAAUAUUUCAAACACUGCCGAACCAGACGAGUUUGUGCCAAAUGUUCAUCCACCGACUGAUGAUGAAGGAGAACAAUACCAUACAACUCAAUCGUUCUUAUCAAAUGGUUCUUCUGAGUUGAUAAGCGACGAUGUCGACUCUAGUGCAACACGAGUUCGUCAAGCUAUUGAACAUAUUCAAAGUAAAAUUGCUAAAACGCGAGAGCAAAUAAGAAUAGAACAAACUACGCGGGAUGAAAACGUCAAUGAAUAUUUGAAAUUGGCUGCUAAUGCGGACAAGCAGCAGUUAACUAGGAUUAAAACGGUAUUCGAGAAGAAGAAUCAAAAAUCGGCGCAUAGUAUUUCGCAGUUACAAAAAAAAUUAGACAGCUAUACGAAAAAAUUAAAAAAUUACGAAAUGAAUGGUGCACCGACAAGUCAUAGACAACCAAGGGAAAUGUUACGCGAUAUGGGACAAGGACUUAAAAACGUAGGAGGAAACAUCAGGGAUGGAAUCACUGGUUUUUCAGGAACUGUAAUGUCUAAACCAAGAGAGUUCGCUCAUCUUAUUAAAAACAAAUUUGGAAGUGCUGAUAAUAUAAAUACUUUAUCACUUGAGAGUAAUGGCUCGACUUUUUAUGUAAACGAUACACCGCAUGCAGGUAAUGAUAACGCUAGCGUUGAAGAUGAUAAAACUCACCAUGGAUCGGCUACGCUUCCGGGUGGAUGCAGUCUGGGAUCUACCCAAAGCGCAGCAGCUAUAAAGUUUCCAUCUGAAGAAGGAUCAGAGUGUUCUAGCGUAACUAGCGAAAGCGGCCCCGGUAGUAGAGGACAGCCGCAUACAUGUCACAGUAAUAAUGCAGCAUUGAGUCUCAAAUCAAUUUUUGCAGAACUACAGGAACACCGGGAGAAUCUUGAUCGAAUGAGAGAAAAAUUAGAUAGUGUAAAGACGUUACAGCAGGAAGUGACAUAUCUUUCCCAUUCUCUCCAAGAAGAACGUUUCAGAUGCGAACGUUUGGAAGAACAGAUUAAUGACUUAACAGAAUUACAUCAGAACGAAGUGGAAAACUUGAAGCAGACUAUUACAGAUAUGGAAGAGAAGGUGCAAUAUCAAAGCGAGGACAGAUUACGAGAUAUACAUGAAAUGUUAGAGAGUUGUCAAACUAAAAUCUGUAAAAUGGAACAUCAGCAGCAACAGCACCAGCAAUAUGUAACAUUGGAGGGUUUGGAUAAUAGCAAUGCGAGAGCAUUAGUUGUAAAAUUGAUAAAUGUAGUGUUGACAGUAUUGCAAGUUGUUUUGCUCCUUGUUGCAACGGGUGCUGGUAUUAUGAUGCCUUUUCUCAGAACUAGCUGUACUAAGCCUCAUUGUUUCAUGUGCAGGGUGCGUAUAUUAACAACUACAUUCGUUGUAUUGGGCAUAGUAUUUGUCCUAAAACAAUGGCCUGAGGUACAUGACGUUGGCAGCCAUCUCAUGCGCCAUCUCAAGCAGACUCUCGCUAUGAAGUAGCAUUGGUGGAAUACUUAAAUUUAAUCAAACCCUGUGAUGAAGCUGGGCUAGAUUGGACACAUUGAUUGAAACCUUGCAUCCGUUUAUCAGUGUUGUAGCACAUUGGAGCAAUAAUAGUAUGUAUACGCGUAAAUAAGUUUAUCUUUGUAUCUUGAGUUGUUUAAAUUUAUUAUUAUAAGAUAUAUAUGUAUUUUUGAUACCAUUAUUUAAAUUGACGUAGCUGUUUUGCUAUAGAAAAAUACGUGAUUUUCAAAUUCAUUUGUAAAUUCUUACAUUAAUUUCAUAAUUCACAUAUUUUUAUUUCAAUUUUAUUUCUCACAAUCGUGACAUUAGCGAUCUAUUACUGCUGAACACAGAUGACAUUAGGAGAAUCUUCUAUAUUAAGGCACGGAAAAUAUUUGAAUAUUACACAAUGACACUGCUUGGCUAUAUGUGGCACAUUAUUAUGAAGUUUAAUUCCAAUUAGCGACAUGUUUCACAUUUAUUUCUUUGAAUAAUAGAAAAAUACAAGUAAACUUUUUGUACCGAAUUUAUUGAAAGUCAAUACACUUAUGGAGUAAUAAAAAAUAAUGUACACCUAUUUUUUACUACUCUAUUGGUUUUAAUAAAUUCGAAUAAUACAAAGAUAAGGUUACUUGUGAGAAAAUGUUAAGCGAGGCACAUACCAACACUGUUUUCAAUCUUCACAAUCGAUUCAAUUACAACUUGUCGAUGUACAAUUGAUUUGCUUUUAAUUGUUUUCGGAUGUAUGUGUCGAUAAGUCAAGAAUUUAUAACAUCCAAAAUCGUCCAAAUGCUAAACAAUAAUGUAAUUUAAGGCGGAGCUCUUAUAUCACUAUAGAUAGCUGCUGUCCGGCAUUGUAUAAACUAGUACGUAUUGUAUAUUUACUUGUUAUUUGUAAUAUCCGAUAAAGAUAGAUAAGUUCUCUAGAAAAUGCAAGCUUUUUUAAAUUGUUGUUGCAUUGCAUUAAAUAGCUAGUAUAUAAAUUAAUUCGCGCAUGCGAUAAAAGGGAAACGAAGAAAUUCACUAAGAGGCUGCAAGAAAUGUUACUUUCUUGUUGGAAAAUCGUGAAUACCUAAUUUGGGCAUAAAUAAAAAUUUUACACACAUAAACACACACACACGCACGCGCGCACGCACUAUGCAAUGCAUGUGCUACAACCGAUAUCAAAGGAGGACCAACCGUCUCUUUCCUCUUAUCCUACGAUACGAUUUACACAUCGUAUACAUGUAUUAUAAUGUUAAAACUAUGCGUACAUAUGAUUGAAGAUGAGAGUUUUCAUUAGUCCAAUGAGUGAUCCAAUCAUCAGAAAAAAAGAAAUAUUGCACGUAUAUUAUAAUGAGCAUAAAGAAUUGAUCCAUGACAGUAGUUGAAAUGAGAGAAAGACUGAAAGGACAACAUUGCUGUACAACAAUUACGUUUACUUUAACAUUGGCGCUAUAAUGUUAAGUUUUUAGUAUUGAAAAUUGUAAUUAAUAUAACCUGAGAGAUAAAUUUAUAGAAAUUUGGAGUAUUUGAUACAUGGCAAAAAUAAGACGAGUUAAAAUAAUAUUCAGAGACAAGACUUAGCAUCUGAUUGUGUUUCUUCUUUGUAUCGUUACUAUUUAAUAACAGAGCAUAAAUAUGACUUUUACAUUCACUGCAAUAUAAUUUUCUAGCUUUCACAGUCAAGAUGUUCCAUACCUAAGCACUAUUACUAUUCAAAGCAAUCUCAUGAUUUAAAUUAAAUAACGAAUGUACAGGAGAAAAUUUUAUCUUAUUUAAAUUAUAUCAUACUGCUUUCGUCUUGCAUAGAAAUUUUAAUGUUUAUUCUUGUUGUACGCUAUAUGUGUUUACAACAAAAUAAUAGUAACAGUAGCUUACAAUUAACAGUUUGGUAUUCGUGUCAGUCUAGUAACAUGUAUCGAAUAUAACAGCGUAAAAUUUCGGAAUUUUAUUCAAUAACUAUCUUUGUGUAAAAAAAAAAGAAUUUAAUGUGUUAAAAGUUUUAUGAUGGUAGUAUGUAUGUUGCUGUAAAAUUUUUAUACUAAUUUAGAAACUUGCAGUGUGAAGGAUAAGAGUGUCUGAUAUCGAGUAGCAAUUUCCAUGUGGAAGUUGAAGGUGUGAUAAGGUAAUUUCAUGCUAUAGCGAAGAGAUAUUUAAUUCAUUCCUGAUCUCAAAGCAAAUGAAAAUUGGAUUGCAUAUUCGGAUCAAAAAUAUUUGAUUUUCUCGAUGUCAGUCGACUAUCUAACAAAUUUUUUUAUAUUCACAUUAUCUGCAUAGUAUUAACUUUGAGUCACAUUUUUAAUAAUCGACUUAUAAAAAAACAUUUGGACACUUUCAAUAUUAUUUUUUAUGUUCCUGUGGUAAUAUUACAUUUCGGAUAAAUCGCUGUGAUUAUACUAGGUUUAUAUAUAAGCUUAAUAUUUAAGGAGCAGCUUUGGGAUCAAUAUAAUCACAACUGGGGAAAAAA